GCUGCUGCCUCCAAACUGCCUGGGGGGUGAUGUGCUGAAGCACUGAGGGGAGAGCAGCAUGAGGCUCCAGCUGGAGAAGCAGCUCCUCUUCCUCUCCCUCCUCUGCAUCCUCUCCAAGGUGUGUGCCCAGCUGUGCCGCCGACCGUGCUACUGCCCCUGGGUGCCACCCCGCUGCCCCCGCGGGUCCCCCCUGGUCCUGGAUGGCUGUGGCUGCUGUAAGAUCUGUGCCCGGCGCCUGGGAGAGCCCUGUGACUUCCUCCAUGUCUGCGACCAGAGCCAGGGCCUCGUCUGUGACUACAGCACAGCAUCCAUGGGGACCCGAGCCACCUGCAACUUUGAAGAUGUUGAGGAGGGCUGCGAGGUGAACGGCCGAGUCUAUCGAGAUGGGGAGGUUUUCCAGCCCAGCUGCAAGCUCCAGUGCCGCUGCCUGGACGGGGGCUUCACCUGCAUCCCACUCUGCCAGGAGGACAUCCGGCUGCCCACCCCGGACUGCCCCUACCCACGGCGCGUGGAGAUGCCUGGGAAGUGCUGCCCAGAGUGGGUCUGCGAGACCCGGGACCAGCGCCUCCUCCAGGAUGCCAGGGCAGCCCCUGGGGUAGGGUCUCCACCGAUGCCGUACCCCUGCCAGGAGUGGGGCACGGAGUGGAGUGCCUGCUCGGCCACCUGCGGCCUGGGCUUUUCUACCCGUGUCUCCAACCAGAACCGCUCCUGCCGGCUGGAGACCCAGCGGCGGCUCUGCCUGGCCCGGCCCUGCCCGCCUCUGCCCCCAGCACCCCCGGCGCAGGGAAGAGGAGGUCGUUUGUAGUUGUGCCCACCCUGAUCACGUCCCAAAGCCAACGCUUCAUCCCAGCACUGUGGUUUCAGUGGAGAUGAAAGACAAAUCCCUUGGGAAACUGAGGAAGACCUGAUGGACUUUGGCUGCAAAAGAGGGUGGAAAUAGAGAACAAGAUCCCCACAUCACAGCAGCACCUGCCCCUUCUGUGCACCCUGCUGCCCCGGGCAGGGUUACUGGGCAGAAUCCCCGAGUUUCUUAGGCUGAAUGAAAUGGGAAAUGGGGAAACCCUGCCAUGAGCAUAAAGCCCUCCAAGACACCAGGAACUGCUGCUUGCCUGGAUUGAUGGGGCUUUUGGAAAGGUGAUGCUGCUCCUCCACGUCGCACACGCAGCUCUGCCCUGCGGGGGCCGCAAGAGAGAGACCACCCCCAGCACCGGGACACCCACAUCCGCGGGGGGACCCCUCCCACCCAGCCUGCUGGGGUAGGGACAUCGGGGCCCGCAUCACGGGUCAGCACCGCAGCGGGCUGCGGGGCUGAACCCCGCAGGAGCUCAGCCAUCCCACCAUGCCCACCCCACCGUGCAGCAGCCGCCCAACUGGGCACGGGCGAGAAACAUCCUCCAGAUGGCAGCUCUCGUUCACCUUCCCCGCGUCUCCCCAGAACAAACACGACCCUGGCGGCCCCGCCUGGUCUGCUCCUCUCGCAAGCAGCGGCGGUUUGGCCGCGCUUCGGCGAGCCGGGAGCUCAGACGCAGCGGGCAGGAGCAGCAGACAUACCGCCUGCCAGCCAAGCGCAUACCCCGCCAGCCACGGCCGAAGGAAAAAGCAGGAAAAAGGGGAAAACACAUCCCAAAGAUGAGUCGGGGCCGUCUCGCGAUGGGCUGGAGCUGCUCCAGCUACUCAAGAGCCGGCGCAGGACGGGCUGCUGGGCAGCUCUGCCUUCCCUUUCCCACAGCAAUAAUCCUGCUGGGUGAUGGGGAAAUGAAACCCAAAAUCCCUCCAAGGGCUUCUCACCGGGAGGGCACGUCCCACGGCGGGGCCAGGAGGGCAGCUGGAAAGGAGCAGCAGCUUAGGUGAGAUCCGGGCGAGCUGUGGACAC